AGUCUAGGCACAAAGGAUGCUUUAGCUCUAUCUAGCGGUCAAAUUCGGAACCGAACUACAGCAUACAUUUUUAUGUUAAACACCAUUCUCUAAUUGUGUGAUUACAACAAAUGCUUUUCAACGCUAAAUAUGACGACGAAGUUAAUUGAGCCAUUCUGUUUGUUUACGUUUCUUAACUUUGAUGUGUAAAGUCCUCACUUCCCCCGUCGUCACAAGGUAAACUAGGCCAACAGCAGCCCGGUUCCCAUGACAACCGCGGCUCUGACCCGUGGACCCACACGAAGCCCCCGCUUCCUGCGCCUGUUGCAAACUUAAAUAACCAGCACUAGGAGGCCAACAUGGAGAAGAGCAAAAAGAAAAAAAAAGGUGCUGGGACAGGACAGAUUCUUUUUACAGGUCCAAACGGUAUUGGCAACUACCGUCCAAGGAGGGUUCAUUCUCCGCAGUACGUGGGACCAGGUCCCUGGUCCCCGGAGGCCCAGAGCAACUUGGCUUACCUAUGGAGGGCAGCGCCGCACGCACCUCCACCCUCGUCCAAGCAGGCCUUUGUGGGGGAGGUGGGCUGGUGCUGGCAAUACAGUGCCAUGUUGAACGACAGCACGCUGCGCAGCGGUGCGCAAAUUCGGAAAAGCGCUAUAAGAUUGGAAGUAGAGGAUCGCGCAAAGAACAAGUUUCUGGAGCUAGGAGAGAGGACAGUCAUCCCAGAACCCCCAGCAAAGAUAGUCUUCGCUGAAAAACUGACCUACGACUUUCAGGACCGGCUAAUAUCCAACAUUUAUUCCAACAACUCCGACGUGUCGUCAUAUACAAUUUAACCUUUCUCAUCCAUUCGUUCACCUUUUGUACCGCUUAUCCUCAUGGGGAUCAAAGGGGUGCUGGAGUCGAGCGUACUAUACAUAUGAUGUUAACUUGUUGAGAAGUUAAAAUGUUCAUUUAUCAAGGACCAUAUGUUGACAAAUGGACUUUUUUCCUUCUACAUUAUUUGUAACAUAAAAUAUUUUUUGUCAUUUCUAUUAGUUCUGUAGAACUUUAAAAAUGUAUACCUGAGGAAUCCAAAUAAAGACAAA